AUGGGCCUGACCUUCGCGGAUAUACAGUCCUUGUCUAGGGAAGAAAGUGCUCUGUAUCCGUCAUAUGAUCCUCUGCCCGUGCUCUCAGAAUAUAGCGAGGAGGAGAGGCGCAUAGCUGAGCUGCAGGUCGGCUUUACCACCCGGCUCCGCCAGUCUGCAUACUACGUCGUAGAGCAAACAAAAUCAAGAGAACUGCCUCGAUACUCUGACAAAUAUCGCCCCUCGGCUGCAAAGCAGCCUACAUUGCGCAGACAGGAAUUGCACCAGCCCUUCUUCCCGCAGGAAAUCCUCGAGGGUUACUUUAAUCCCAAGAAACGGAAGAUCAGUGAGAGGAAGGGUCCGAAGAAGAGGAUCAACCUGAACGAAUUGGGCGAGGACGGAGAAGACGCGGAGAAGGAAGACGAGGAGCACUCCGACGUCGGCUCGCAGGCUGUGGAAGAAGACUACGACGUCGAUGAAGAAUACGACAACGACUACGCCGAGAACUACUUCGACAACGGCGAAGGCGAUGACCCCGACGGCCUCGGCGACGGUGGAGGCAAUGACGAAGGCGGAGGGGGA